CCCAGUUGCUCCCUGAAGUAGCUUCAUUGUGCGGCCUUGACAGUUGCCCCCAGCCCUCCCUUCUCUCACACCCAGACCCAGAGAUAUCAGGACACACACUCAGACACCUGCCUGAAAGCCAGCACCCAGAUAGGCUCCACGUGAUGCACAACACGACAGAGCACAGACGAGUAAGUACAGCCUUGCACCCAGACUGAUACACAGAGAGCGCUCGCCUGCACACAUACCUCUCAGGUUGUCAGCAGCCCAGGCUCCAGCCACAGGCAGCACUGACACCCCCUCCCACCAACACAUCGCUUUUGAACUACCUUUCCUUGGAGCAAGUUCAAGGUGGUGGAGAAGCAGUGAGAGUCAUCGGCUGCCCUUUCCCUCCAACUUCCCAGCACGUCUCUUAUCUCUGUCUCAGACUUCACCUCUGGCCCCCUCUUCCUUCCUUGUGCUUGAAGAAUCCCUUCUUGCUGGAAAAAACCCCCUGGCUUUCCAGCCUCCUUUUCCACCUUCGGGAAAAUACCCGCUUUCUGGUCCCCACCUUUUUCCUUUCCCGAAGUGCAGGUCCCUAGCAGCAGAAUCCAACCUCAAAACAGGAAGCCCCGGGACAGUGCCCCCCGGGGUCCCGAGGCUCAGACAGGCAGUGGGUGUGAGGUAAAGACUUCCUGAAUGCCGCCCCCCUCCACCGCCUGCCCUGUGACCCUGCCCAGAGCCGGUGGCCUUCAUUAGUCCCUGGCACUUAUCUUGCAACCACAGCCACUGACAGACCGAUCCCAGCCCUUCUCUCCGCCUGCCCUGAGCCCAGCAGUGUCAUGGGGAACUGUCUGCACCCGGCGCCAAAUGAGAACCCUACCACACUGGUCUUUGAUGAGGAGAUGCUGGAGAUGAAUGUGUCCUACAGUUGGGACUAUAACCUCUCCGAUUUGGAAGCCGCUGCCCCCUGCCACUCGUGUACCCUGCUGGACCACUCCUCGCUGCCUUUCUUCAUCCUUGCCAGUGUCCUGGGCAUCCUGGCAGGUGGGGCUGUCCUCUACGCGCUUCUCAGACCUCUGUUCCACUGGCAGCUCUACUGGGACCGAGCUGUCCUGGUACAGGUGGCUGUGGGCAGUGUUCUCUUCAGCAUCAUGGUGCCCAUCCAGGCCCCGGGGCUGAGUGGGGCCUUCAUCACCUCCCUGUGCCACGUGGCCCACUUGGUCUCAUACAGCUCAGCCUUUGCCCAGGCUCUGCUGAUCGGAUGCCACGCCUGCCUGGGCCCCAAACUGGAUGCCAGCCAGGUCCCAGGCCUCAGGCUGGGGCUCCCUGUGGGACUUUGGGGAGCGGCCGCCCUACUGUCACUGCCAGUCACUCUGGCCAGCGACACUUCCCAGGGACUCUGCACCCUGACGUUCAGCGGGGAAUGGGGGGUUUUGAGGCACAUAAAUGCUGCGGCCUGUUUCGCCCUCUUCAGCUUGUUGCCACUGGGUUUGUUGGGAGCCAAGGGACUGAAGAAGGUGCUAGGCAGGGGGCCGUGUCCCUGGGUUGACAUCCUGUGGGCCUGGUUCAUUUUCUGGUGGCUGCAGGGGCUGAUUCUGGGAUUGGACUCCCUAGUGCGGUCCAAGGCCUUGGUGCUGUCAGCAUGUCUAGCCCAGCAGGCCCUGGAUGUGCUGCUGGACCUGGCGAAAGCCCUGACAAUGUUGCAUUGCGUGGCUACGCCCCUGCUCCUAGCCCGGCUCUGCUACCAGGCCACUCACUCUGCCUCACCCACCCUGCCUCUCUCGGCCAGACAGCCUUCUCAUCUGGAUGCCCUUGGAGGCAAAUCCAAGCUCUCUUCCCACCUGUCAAGCUGAAUUAAAGUCGAUGCUCUUUUUAUGAA